GCCUGUCGAUGAAUUGCAGUUUUAGUCACUUCCGCGAUGUUGCCGCUUGGUUAGAACACAAACAUUUUCGAUUUAAUCUAGUUCAAAGCUUAAUCCUUAGUGUUGCGUAAAUGACUGAGUUUGAAAGGUCGAUCAUAAACAAUUCAACAAUGUGAGAUACUUUAAUCCCAGUUGAAAGUUAACUAUGGACAUAUGCCUCGUGCAGCUUUUGAUCUGCUGUCAAAGCAGUUUUUUAUUAUUAUUUUUUAAAAGAAUCACAUGUCCUAACUCUAUUAACCAACUGAACAAAGUUAUGCUUACAGGAAACGAAGACAAAGCGCCUAAUUUUAUAAUGAUAAUGACACGUUUGGAAAUUAGUUUGAUGAAUAAAGUGAGGGGGCAACGAAACGGCGUUUGCUAUUCCGCGUCCAUGCCAAAUAGUCGUGUCCUCGGUUAUUAGUACAAACUAUUAGCCUUUAUUCUUACUUUAACUUGUUGUCACACAAAUACGAGCCUUUUCAGGUUAAAUAUGUGUGGCCAUUUUCAUCCUGAUAUGCACAAAUGUUGCAUACUGUUAUCCAGUCUAUGCAGACAGUAUAAGGCAAAGGGACAGUUUGGUUUCACUUUCACUUGCUUACGUAUUAAUGAUGAUGACACGAGCCAAUAGAACAAAAUGUUUUAAAGCCUAUAUUUAAGUUUUCUUUCUUUCUUUACUUAGCCUACUAAAAAUGCAUGCAUGUAGUUUCAAAUUAGUUUUAAACUAUUUUACAGAACACAACUUUCUGAGAUUGUCCAAAUAUUCUUACUUCCCUGUAUAGUAUACAUAAAGCUGUACAUCAAAUGAGUUGCCUAAACUGUCUUAAUAGUCAGUAGGCUAUUCAUUUUACAGUUAACACACAAUACCCAAAUGACAUACUGAUUCUCCUAAGAUUCUAAAUUAUGCAAUCUACAAUUUAGACACUUCGCUAUUCCAUAAGGUCACAGCAGCUAUCAUCAGGCCUGAAUUAACCAUAUAUAAAUUCUGCUCUUGUCCAUGUGUACGGAAGCCUACACCUGCAUACCAACAGAACGCCCUUCGUCAAUGGUUAAAAAAGAAGAAGCAUGGCAGCGAGAAGUGACAAUGACUUUCAGCUUGUUAUUCCUGAAAGAGGUGAAAGAGUUAAGAUUAAUUCUGGAUCUAAUCUCACUGUGUCGUGUCACUUGUCUCCUGCACUCAGUGCUGUUGACAUGGAGAUUACUUGGUUUGGCGAGAUGUCUUGUGUUUGUGCCUAUAAGAACAGAGAGAUGACACAAGGUGCUGACUAUGAGGGCAGAGCGAGUCUGUUCAUUAGUGAUCUACCGAGAGGGAAUGUUUCCUUAAGAGUGGCAGACUUCAGAGAGUCAGAUCUGGGAGUUUACAUGUGCCGGGUCUCCAGUAGAAAUGAAACACGGCAGAUAACAGUAAAUGUCGCAGAAGAAGUCUCUGCUAUCUUCGAAGGCCAGCACUCCUUUACAGUGAAUUACCAAAUGGAAGAAACAAGCAACAAGUUGUCAGAGCAUCAAGGUGAUUCAGACAAUCAGUUUGAGGAUUACAAGAUUAAAGAGGCAAUAUACCAAUUAUCAAUCCACUCUGCAUAUCACAGAGCUUCAGGGAAGGAUCAGCAUAAGGAUUACAAGGGAGAAACAGAUGACAAAUUAUCAUCACAGUACAUCAAAUCAGAUCUAAGCCAUCUAAACAAGCAGUCUGGAGAUAACAGCAUGGGAAUCAAAAGCAAAGAUUUUCUGAGCCGAGCUUCUUAUCACAAUGAACCAAAAAAGAGCCAGCAUGGGAUGGAAGUCUUGAACAAGAACUUUCAGCUCGUUGCUCCCAGUCCAUCAGAAGAACCAGAGGUUUCUUUGGGGUCUGAUCUGAUCAUUCCGUGUCACCUGUCUCCUGAAAUCAGUGCGGUUGACCUGGAGAUCAUCUGGUCUAAUGAUACCGCCUGUGUUUGCCUGUAUGAGGACAGGCGGGUGACAGAAGGGGCUUUGUUCAAGGACAGAGCGAGUCUGUUCACUCACAAGCUUAGGGAAGGAGAUGUGUCCUUACGACUGAAAAACUUCAGCCUAUCAGAUAUUGGAAAUUACCAUUGUCAGGUCAGCAGUAAAGACAGAAGAGAGAGGGUAACAGUAAAAGUGAGGAUAAAUCCUGGUGUCCAGUCUAUGAGUCAGUCACCAAUAUUUGCAGAAGGAAAUGAGGAUAAAAGGACAAGAGAACCAACCGACAAAUUAUCAAGGCGCACUUCACAUCACAGUGAUUCAGAUGAGAAACAACAUGGGAAUUACAGCAGAAGCGUGUCUGAUCCUUUUCAGCUUGUUAUUCCUCAAACAGCUCAAGAAGCACAGAUAUCUUUGGGGUCUGAAAUCAUUGUUCCUUGUCACUCGUCUCCUGAAGUCUGUGCCAUUGUCAUGCAGAUCAAAUGGUUUAAGGAGACAGACUGUGUUUGCAUUUACAAGAACGGACACGUGAUUGAGGGGAGGAGCUACAAAGACAGAGCGAGCCUCUGCACUCACGUACUGGAGAGAGGAAAUGUGUCCUUACAUCUAAAUAACUUCAGUGUCUCAGAUGUUGGCGAUUACUGUUGUCAGGUCACCAGUAGAGACACAACCAAACAGAUUACAGUAGGAGUGAGGAUAAAACCUGAAGUCCAGCCUGUGAGUCAGUCUCCGACAUCUCAAGGCCAGUCUGUUCAGCUAAUGCUGUUUGAGACAGACAAAAUAUGGACUGAAGAAGAGACAAACCAAAUGGAUGAAUCUGCUCUAAUGUCAGAAAUGAAAGUGAAUAAUAUGCAGGAGCUUCAACAAAAGUUUAUCAGCGCUUACAGAAAAGGUUCUCUCAACUGGAGUUGAGAGAGACCAGAAUGAACUUGGACAGAGUCUUAAGACUCAACCCUCAUGCUCAGUUGUUGGACAGAGACAAACCAAACCCUUUUUAAUAGCUACCUUACAUUUAAAUGUCAGGUUGAUGCGUAAUGCCUUUUCUUUAUUUUAUGAAACUUAUUGCAGUCAAUAUUUCAGAUUUUUUAACACCAAAAUUACAUAUACAUUAAAUAAGGCUUGUCAUCAUGGAGAAGACAAGUGUAAUUACAAUGAAUAUACACUGUAUUAAAUGUAUAUUUGUAAACUUCCACAACCUAAAAACAGCUUAAUAAAUGCUCAUUUGUUUAUAAAUAUUAAAUAAUGAAUCGUGCCCUUAAAAAGCAUCUCUGAGCGUUUAUCGAUGUACAUGCUGUUUCAUGUCUUUCAGAGCUAUUGUAAGUACUUUCUGCAAUCCAGGUAACAAACUGAGAUUAGGAGCUCUCCCUUUAAGAGAGUGCUCCUAAUCUCAGCUCGUUACCUGUAUAAAAGACACCUGGGAGCCAGAAAUCUUGCUGAUUGAUAGGGGAUCAAAUACUUAUUUGACUCAUUAAAAUGCAAAUCAAUUUAUAACUUUUUUGAAAUGCGUUUUUCUGGAUUUUUUGUUGUUGUUAUUCUGUCUCUUGCUGUUAAAAUAAACCUACAGUACCAUUAAAAUUAUAGAAUGAUCUUUUCUUUGUCAGUGGGCAAAUGUACAAAAUCAGCAGGGGAUCAAAUAAUUUUUUCCCCACUGUAUUAUAAGAAAUGUUGAAACUCAAAAUUGUCAUAUUUAUGCAACAUUUUUUGCCAUAUUUAUUUUCUUGGACAGUAAUGUCUUUUUUUCUUCAGCCAGUCAGAUUUAAGCAUCAAGCUAUCACACACACACACACACACAGGCUAUAAACUGGUAUACAAUGAAUGCACA